UUGGUGCUCGCGUGUCUGCCGGUUGCAGCGGUCCUCGGAGCGUCUCUUCAUCCUUCUCCACGAGAUCACACGAUGACAUCUGGAGCGGCGGAAGCGAGCUGCUUUUAACCCUUUCGCACUCUGUGCCCGUUCGCUGUUCGAAUCCCAGCUUUAUUGCAGUGAUUAUCCUGUCAUUUGGAGUCAAUCCAGAAUGCUUCCCUGCUCGUCGUCCUCGCCGAUGGAAGGAGGUGAAGAGGAGGAGAAGGAGAAGGACGCGCACAUGCACACAGAGUGCAGCAGACUGACGGAGCAGAGGGACGAGGCCGAGAGACAACUCAAGCACAUCAAGAGGGUGUCUCAGAUGGUGAUCGAGGAGGUGAACGUUCUACAGACUCAGCUGGAAAUCGAGAAGUCGUGUCGGGAGAAUGCAGAGGCGCUUGCCACCAAGCUAAACAGCGAGAACAGGAAGUUGAAGUACCUGAGCCUGUCGUCGCGGCCGCCGUGUUUGGAUGAGAUGCUUCCCAGCAUCUCCGAUUGCAUCGCCAUGGAGACCGACGACGGCGAGACAGCCGAAGACGAUAUGAUACGAUACCAGCAGCAGGUCAAAGAGCGGCGAGAGGCGAUGAGCAACUUGUUGGAGGAGAAGAAAAACUUCCUGUGUCAGAUUGAUGAGCAGCAGAGAAGAAUCGAGGAGCUGAGUGAGAAGUCCGAACGAGACGAGCGAGAAAUGAAGCAGCUUCGUGAUACCGUCGAGCAACACAGCAAAACCAUCAAGCGCUUCAACAGAGUGUCCGUGAUGGCGACACAGGAGUACGAGGGCAUGAGGGAGCAGCUGGACCUGGAGCAGAGCCUUCGCAUCAAAGCCGAGACGUAUGCACAUGAGAUGCUGGUGAAGCAGAAGGAGGCCAAUCGUCAGAGCGCGCUGCUGCUGCAGAGCGCCGAGCCGACGCUGCGGUUGCUCAGCGCCUUGGAGGAGGUCGCCGUCCUCACCAAGACGCUGGAGGACGAGCGGUUGCAGCAUCAGCAACAAGUGCGUGAGCUGCAGUCCGAGCUGGACGACAGCGUUGCGAAGAAGAAUCUCAAGAGUCUGCAGAGGCAAGUGGAGCUGCUGGAGGAGGAAAAGAAAGACGUGGAGGGACGACUGGAACACGCGGAGAAGAACAUCCAACAGCUGCACACACAACUCCAGCUGCUCCAGAGGGUCGCCAUAACGACCGACCCUCCUCCACCUCCACCUCCACCGCUCCCUCCUCCUCCUGCUCCCAUGACUCCCAGUGUUGCCCCGCCGCCAACGCCGCUCCCGCAGCCGCCACCCCCACCUCCACCCCCCCCUCCUCCCCCUCCUCCUCCUCCUCCAUCCAGAUGCAACCCCCUCAGUUCUCUGAUUGCCAUCAUGAGGAAGACGUCCAAAGGCUCCAAAACAUCUUUGAAGGUGGAGCAGCCUGCAGCCUCUGAUGACGCCGUGAAGGUGAAGGCCGUCAAUGAGAUGAUGGAGCGUAUCAAACAUGGUGUGGUGCUGCGACCCGUCAAGAGUCAGGACAGCAAGAGAGUCGCCGUCAGACAACCUCAAGCCAGUGAGGAUAAAUCUCAGGAGAGUGCCAUGGACGAACUCAAAGGCAUCCUGGAGACGGUGAAGCGCAGUCCUAGCCGAGGCUCCCAGGAGGCACCCUCACCAACAGGGAAGAAGGAUAGCGAGCUGGAAGUUAUCCUGAGAAGACGACGCAACAAGGCGGGAGGGGCCGGAUCUGGAGAUGAGCGUGAUGGUCAUCUGAGUCACGUGUCAUCCUGCGACAGCCUGAAUGGGAGACGCGCCAGCAGCGAGUCGGGGAAAGAUCCUGACGGUUCUGUCACACCGUCCAACUCCAUGGCGGGUCCAUGGGCAGUCGGGGAGAAACGAGGAAAUGGGCCGGGACCUGUGGUGGCGAGGAGGAGGAGCUCGGACAAAUCGGGAUCCUGGCAGGAAAGACGAUCUGGCUGCUCCAUGUCGGAAAAAGAGACGGCCGAUUCUCCUGUUGGAAACGGCUACGAGCACAGUGUCACUGUGGAUACCGCCGCAGCAAAGAUGCCUAUUCAGUCCAACGGUGUCGAGAACGGCAAGGAUGCGCAUACAGCCAUCUUUGUGGUGGGCGAGAUGUACUGCGGCGACGCUGAGGGUGACAGCCAGGGUGCUCUCUGAGGAUGUUAGCCUAAUAUGCACGCUUAAAUCACAAACAGAUGCAAAGAUGCCUGACGCUGUACGUUUUUUUUUACAACAAACACGUGAGGUUUUGUCCAGGUUCGUGCUAGCAGGCUAACGUGCUAAAUUGCUAACAACCAUAGCCUGUUAGGCCACAUGAGUGACAUUUUUUAAAUGCAGACGCAAUGAAACACUUACCUUACAAAACAAACAAUGAACAGACACUGUACAUUUUGUACAAACACAUGAGGUUUUGUUCAGGUUCAUGCUAGCAGGUUAACAUGCUAACAUACUAAUGACCUUCAGUAGGGCGAGGAUGCGUGCACCACCAUCUUUAUCAUGGGUGAGAUGAAUGGCGACAAAGCUGAGGGUGGCUGCCAGGGGGCGGUCAGAGGCUGUUUUCCUAAUAUGCACGCUUAAAUCACAAACAAUGCACAGACGCUGACGCUGCACGUUUUUUUACAACAAAAAUUAGGUUUUGUUCAGGUUCAUGGUAGCAAGAUAAAAUGCUAAAGUGCUAACAACCAUAUCCUGUUAGGUCACAUCACAGACAUUUUUGAAUGCAGACAGAAUUUAACACUUAUUAGCUCAGAAAAUAAACAAUCCAAAGACACUGUACAUUUUGUACAUUUUGUUCAGGUUCAGGCUAACAGGUUAAUGAUGAUCAGCCACGUUAUUUACACUUAAACAUUCGUUCUCCCAUAAAACAAACGCUUCACAUACACUAGCUGGACUGUUAUUUUUUUUUUUUAACACAGAACACAGUGAAGGUUUGUUCAGUUUUAUGCUAACAUGCUAACGUUCUGACAUUGACAGUCUGUUAGGUCAUAUGACUGACAUCAUUUGAUAUGCGGACACACUUUACCAACGAUCCACAGAUGCUGAUGUUUUACCUUUUUUCCCCCACCCCCAACCAAACCAUAAGCUUUUUUUAGGUUAACCUCUAACAUUUUUAAUGACUACAGCCUGUUAGGUCAGAAAACUGGCAGCAUUGUACAACCCCAAUUCCAAUAAAGUUGGGACGUUGUGUUAAACAUAAAUAAAAACAGAAUACAAAGAUUUGCAAAUCAUGUUCAACCUAUAUUUACUUGAAUACACUACAAAGACAAGAUAUUUAAUGUUCAAACUGAUAAACCUUAUUGUUUUUAGCAAAUAAUCAUUAACUUAGAAUUGUAUGGCUGCAACACGUUCCAGAAAAGCUGGGACAGGUGGCAAAAAAGACUGAGAAAGUUGAGGAAUGCUCAUCAAACACCGGUUUGGACCGGUUUGGAACAUCCCACAGGUGAACAGGGUAAUUGGGAACAGGUGGGUGCCAUGAUUGAGUGUAAAAGGAACUUCACUGAAUUGCUCAAUCAUUCACAAAGAUGGGGCGAGGUUCACCUCUUUGUGAACAAGUGCGUGAGAAAAUAGUCGAAGAGUUUAAGGACAAUGUUCCUCAACAUACAAUUGCAAGGAAUUUAGGGAUUUCAUCAUCUACGGUCCAUAAUAUCAUCAAAAGGGUCAGAGAAUCUGGAGAAAUCACUGCAUGUAAGCGGCAAGGCCGAAAACCAACAUUGAUUGCCCGUGACCUUCGAUCCCUAAGGCGGCACUGCAUCAAAAACUGACAUCAUUGUGUCAAGGAUAUCACCACAAGGGCUCAGGAACACUUCAGAAAACCAAUGUCCGUAAAUACAGUUCGGCGCUACAUCCGUAAGUGCAACUUGCAACUCUACUAUGCAAAGCAAAAGCCAUUUUUCAAUAACACACAGAAACGUUGCCGGCUUCUCCGGGCUCAUCUAAGAUGGACUGAUGCAAAGUGGAAAUGUGUUCUGUGGUCCGACAAGUCCACAUUUGAAAUUGUUUUUGCAAAUUGUGGACGUCAUGUCCUCCGGGCCAAGGAGGAAAAGAACCAUCCGGAUUGUUAAGGACGCAAAGUUCAAUAGCCAAGCAUCUGUGAGUGUAUGGGGCUGUGAUAGUGCCAAUGGCAUGGGCAACUUACACAUCUGCGAAGGCACCAUUAAUGCUGAAAGGUACAUACAGGUUUUGGAGAAACAUAUGCUGCCAUCGUCUUUUUCAUGGACGCCCCUGCUUAUUUCAGCAAAACAAUGCCAAACCACAUUCUGCACAUGUUACAAGAGCGUGGCUUCGUAGUGGUACUAGACUGGCCUGCCUGCAGUCCAGACCUGUCUCCCAUUGAAAAUGUGUGGUGCAUUAUGAAGCGUAAAAUACGACAACGGAGACCCCUGACUGUUGAACAGCUGAAGCUGUACAUCAAGCAAGAAUGGGAAAGAAUUCCACCUACAAAGCUUCAACAAUUAGUCUCCUCAGUUCCCAAACCUUUAUUGAAUGUUGUUAAAAGAAAAGGUGAUGGAACACAGUGGUAAACAUGACCCUGUCCCAGCUUUUUUGGAACAUGUUGCAGCCAUGAAAUGCCAAGUUAAUGAUUGUGUGUGUGUGUGUGUGUGCGCUAGGGCCUUUAAAAAUAUGUUGGGCAUGUUACUUAAGUGAAGCCUUCUUUAUUGUUGCCUUUCAUGGAUUUUUUUUUUUUUAGUAUACGACAAGUAGAUGAGUGACACACAGUCCUUUGUCUCACUUGGUGUUUAUAUGCAUAAAAAAAUACUCUAAAAAUGUUGUGAUUAUGAAACAAUAAAAAAUUGGGAUGGAUUACAAUUUCAUUGAAGUUGGGAUGUUGUGUAAAACACAAACAGAAUACAAAUAUUUGCAAAUUCUCUUCAACAUAUAUUGAAUACACUACAAAGACAAGAUAUUUAAUAUCCAAACUGAUUAUCUUUUUUGUUGUUGCAAAUAUUCAUUUAUUUUUAAUUUGAUGGCUACAAUAGAUUUCAAAAAGAUGGGACGGGUUAUGUUUACCACUGUGUUACCUCCCCUUUACUUUUAACAACACUCAAUAAGUGUUUGGGAAACACGAAUUGUUGAAGGUUUCAAGUUGGAAUUCUUUCUGUUCUUUUUUUAUUUGCGGUUCACAGAAUGUCCCAAAUUCAUUGGAAUUGGGGUUUGUAUGAUACGCUACGAUAUGCUGCUAUAUUAUGUUAUCUCCUGAAAAAAGCAAAACAAAGAAGCAAAAGUUGCAAAAUGUGCAUUCAAUACCAUGUGCUCACUGACCACUUUAUGAGGUACACCUUCCAGAAAAGUUCAUAUCCACCCAUCCAUUUUUUACAGCAUAAUCCCUGUCUAACAUAGAACUAGUGCUUUGGUGUCACCUUGUGGCAUCUAUAGGUAAUUACAAACCUUUUUAGGGAUGGUGUGAAUUACUCACGGAAACCCAAUUUGAAAGCCUAACCUUUGCUUAAAACCUAAAACUAAGGCUUCAAACCCUACCUUGAAACCCUCCCCGUUGUUUGAAACCCUAAACAUUUGUUUAAAAUCCUAAACCCAGGCUCGAACCUUAAUCUGGAACCCUAACCCUUGUUUGAAACCCUACACCCAGACUUUUCACCCUAACUUGAUACACUAACCAUUGUGUGUAGCCCUAAUGCUUGUUUGGAACCCUAAUUUGGCGACCUCUCCUCACCACAAACCUUCCAGUCAAUGUCAAUCAAAGAAGUGACGCCUUCAUACAGGACAACAUGCCGGGAGCUAAACAUCCCCUCACUUUGAUUUUGUUUGGUUUGAUAUAACUUGAUGUCAUACACUAAAUGACUUUUGUGAUGAUAAGGUGAUUUUAUUGUGCUGCAAAGUUUUAGGGAUGACGAGAGCCUCUUAUGCAUAUAUCAAGGCCUCCUGCAAGCCGCCAACACCGCGGCUGCUCCUGCAAUUUAAUUUUUAAGAUUAACAUGAUGUUGUGUGUGUGUGUGUGUAAUAUAUACAUCAAUAUAUGGAGUGAUAGUUUUUUUAAAAUAUGAAUUUUCAUGUAACCAUCACUUGAAAUAAAUUG